GGAGGAAGCUGAGGCUCUGUCCUGAUUGGGCAGCGAACCGGAAGUGGGUCCGUCGCCAGGCGGAUCCCCCAGGGCGGAGAGAUGGCAUCACGAGGAAAGAGUGAGACAAGCAAACUGAAGCAAAACUUAGAGGAGCAGAUGGACAGAUUGAUGCAGCAGUUACAGGAUCUUGAUACCUGCAGAGAGGACCUUGAGCCAGAAGAAUAUGAAGAAACAAAACAAGAAACGUUGGAACAGCUGAGUGAAUUCAACGAGUCACUGAAGAAAAUCAUGUCUGGAGAUAUGACGUUAGUUGAUGAACUCAGCGGGAUGCAGCUUGCAAUCCAAGCAGCCAUUAGUCAGGCCUUUAAAACUCCAGAGGUUAUCCAAAUGUUUGCAAAGAAACAGCCUGGACAGCUGCGAACGAGACUGGCAGAGAUGGAGAGAGAUGUAAUAGUCGGAAAACUGCCAAGGGACGUCUACACACAGCAGAAGGUUGAGGUGCUUACAGCCCUGAGGAAGCUGGAAGAAAAGCUCACGCCAGAAGAAGAAGCCUUUCUCUCAGCAAAUGUGAGUGCCGCUCUCAGCCAGUUUGAGAAAGUUUCCCGAGGCCUCGGAACUGGAGAUAAGGUCCUUGCUCUUGCCAGUUCUGGAGUAGAAGUCACCAAGAAAUGAGGGAAUGAUUUACGGUCCAAUUUUCCAUAUACCAUCCCAAACUUGUUUACAUUUUAAUGUCCUGUGUUUUUUGUUUAAACUGAACAAAAUGUAAAAUCAGAAUAGAACUUGUAAAUAUGUUCUUUGUAUGCACAGCCUUUCCAAAUCUUUCUGUACGUAUUCAGCCUUAAACACUAGCAUUUACAAUCAUCUUUCUUUAUAAAAUAAAAUUUUGGUUUCCAUGUA